GUAAAUCAGUAAAACGAAGAAGAGGCUGGAGCAAACAUGGCUGCCCGCAGUUUAACAUGUUUAGGGAGAAAUGCCCUUUAUUCUACCCUAUUUGCUCCAAAGCAAGUCCUGAGGAGCUGUUGGGCGGCUGUGGAGCAGGUGAGAGACUAUUACGUCGACUGGAGGAUGCUUCGAGAUGUGAAGAGGAGACAAAUGGCCUUUGAUUAUGCUGAUGAGAGACUGCGGAUCAAUGCCAUCAGAAAAAACACCAUCCUGCCUAAGACACUUCAGGAGGUGGCAGAUAAGGAAAUUGCUGCAUUACCCAGGGACAGCUGCCCUGUGCGGAUACGCAAUAGGUGUAUAAUGACUUCAAGACCAAGAGGAGUGAAACGGAGGUGGAGACUUAGCCGAAUUGUCUUCCGUCACUUAGCUGACCACAACCAGAUGUCUGGUAUUCUCAGAGCAAGAUGGUGAUACUACAAAUGUUAAAACAGAGACUCGUUUCUCUCCAACUCAUCUUGGUUUAUUCACAUGUGGACAGUCAGUGUGAUGGAUGUUUUCUUCAUAGAUGUGUCACAACUAUUAUGACCAGAGAUAAAAUGAUAGAUGCUACACAUACUGUCCUCUUUGUAAAUAUUGUUUUCAUUGCUAAUAAAUGUUUAUUGAAUUUA